AUGCCUGAUAAAGGAUAUUUUGAUUCCACAUUUGUAUCAUUUACAUCAUCACCACAAACAGUAAAGCUUGGUGGAAUAUCAAAAAUUGGUAUGGAAGUAAUAACAAAGGAAACUUAUCCAUAUUAUAAACAAUAUAAUACAAUGUUCGCAGCAUAUCUUACGGUCUCAACUAGAUAUGAUUUUUCAACAAUAAAUUCCUCAGAACCUGAAACUGAAGAAAUUUAUGGUCUUUUUGCCGGAGCUCUUUCAUAUGUUAAUUAUUCAGAAGCAGUUUUUGAUGAAAAAGAUAUUCAUCAAGUUUACCAAUACGGAACAAAAUACAUCCCACCAGAUAAUAGUUAUUAUUGUAAAGCAGGACUUGGCGGAGGAGCAAUUGCUGGCAUUGUUAUUGCAGUAAUUGUUGUUAUUGCAGUAGUUGUUGCAGUAAUUGUAUUCUUCCUAUUUUUCAAAGGCAAGAAAUCAGAGAAAUCAUCUUCAUCUUCAUCUUCAGAAAAGAAAGUAUAA